ACCUCACUUCCUAUUUUCUCCCCUUCUUCUCCUUGCUCAGAUAUUUUCCCUUCUUAUUCGAUCCGAGUGAAGAAAGGAUAUGGGUAAAGUGAAAGGAAAGCAUAGGUUAGAUAAGUACUACCAACUUGCCAAGGAACACGGCUACCGUUCCAGAGCAUCAUGGAAGCUAGUCCAACUCGACUCCAAGUUCUCCUUUUUAAAUUCUGCCCACGCCGUCCUCGACCUCUGCGCCGCCCCUGGUGGUUGGAUGCAGGUUGCUGUCCAGAGAGUUCCUGUUGGCAGCCUCGUACUCGGUCUCGACCUUGUUCCCAUCGCCCCAAUACGAGGUGCCAUCGCCCUCCAACAAGACAUAACCAAAUCCGAAUGUAAGUCCAAAAUUAAACGGGUCAUGGAAGAGCAUGGGGCCCCGGCUUUUGAUGUGGUUUUGCAUGAUGGAUCCCCUAAUGUUGGUGGAGCCUGGGCUCAGGAGGCAAUGAGCCAAAAUGCUUUGGUUAUUGAUUCUGUUAAGCUGGCUACCCAGUUCUUGGCUCCCAAGGGCACUUUUGUUACUAAGGUUUUUAGGUCCCAAGACUAUAGUUCUGUUCUCUAUUGUCUCAAGCAGUUAUUUGAAAAGGUUGAGGUCGAUAAACCCGCAGCUAGUCGUUCAGCAUCAGCUGAGAUUUAUCUUUUGGGCCUGAGGUAUAAAGCCCCUGCAAAGAUUGAUCCACGUCUUCUUGACGUCAAGCAUCUAUUUCAGGGAUCAGUAGAACCACAGAAGAAGGUGAUUGAUGUACUUAGGGUAACAAAACAAAAGAGACACCGUGAUGGUUAUGAAGAUGGAGAGACAAUCUCAAAGAAGGUGUCUACAGCUGCUGACUUCAUUAGGUCUGACUCUCCUCUUGAAAUCCUAGGUUCAGUUACUUCCAUAACCUUUGGCGAUCCAGCUUCAUUGCCUAUUAAGGAUCACAGUUCUACCACAGAAGAGAUCAAAGCUCUUUGUGAUGAUUUGCGUGUUUUGGGAAAGCAAGAUUUCAAGUGCCUUUUGAAGUGGCGGUUGCAAUUGAGAAAAGCUUUGUCUCCUUCAGAAAAGGCUACUUCUUCCACCCCUGCCACAGAUGUUGACAAAGGGGAAGAAGAGAACGAAGAUGAUAAAUUACUCAAUGAAAUGGAGGAGCUCACAUAUGCUAUGGAACGUAAGAAGAAAAGAGCAAAGAAGCUUGUAGCAAAAAGACAAGCUAAGGAUAAAUCACGGAAGGCAACAGGAAUGCAAAUAGAUGCCUUGGAAGAUGGUUAUAUUGAUCAUGAGUUGUUUUCUUUGUCUUCAAUCAAGGGUAAGAAAGAUCUAGCAGCAGUUGACUCCACUGAGUAUGAUGAUGGGAAUAAUGACUUAAGGGGUAGCAAAGAUGAAGAAAACCAGGACAAAACUGAAGAGGAGUCAUCCAGUGAUAUUGAUUCUGAUGAAGAACGCAGAAGAUAUGAUGAACAAAUCGAAGAGAUUCUUGAUCACGCUUAUGAACAGUAUGUGGCCAAAAAGGAUGGAAGCACAAAGCAGAGGAAGCGUGCAAAAGAAGCCUACUCUGACCAGUUGGAGGGUGGUGAUGGUGAUGAUAUCAUUCUUUCUGAUCAUGAUUCAGACAAGGACGAGGCUGAUCCUGAAGCAAAUCCUCUCUUGGUACCACUGGAUGAUGGGGAAGGACCAACUCAGGAGGAGAUUACAAACAGGUGGUUUGGUCAGGAUAUUUUUGCUGAAGCUGUAGAGCAGGGAGAUUUAGGGAAGUAUGACAGUGAUGAUGCAAUGGAGGUUGAUAACCAAGUGGACAGGCUACCUGUUCCUGAGAGGGCCAAAGAAAAGAAAAGGCAGGAUGAAAGACAAAUCGCUGACAAGGUCAAGGAAAAGAAAACAAACAAUGCUUCGGGCCUCAAUCGUAGUCAACUCCAGGCUCCUAGGGCGGAGGAUGAUUUUGAGAUUGUCCCUGCUCCAGCUACAGAUUCUAGUGAUGAUUCGUCUUCAGAUGACUCAGAGGAAGAAGAUGUUGAUACAAAAGCUGAGAUAUUGGCUUGUGCGAAGAAGAUGCUCAGGAAAAAGCAAAGGGAGCAAAUUCUUGAUGAUGCCUAUAAUAAAUAUAUGUUUGAUUAUGAGGGUUUACCCAAGUGGUUCUUAGAGGAGGAGAGGAGACACCACCAACCAAUUAAGCCUGUUACGAAAGAAGAGAUUGCUGCAAUGCGAGCACAAUUCAAAGAGAUCAAUGCUCGACCUGCUAAGAAAGUUGCAGAGGCAAAGGCUAGAAAGAAGCGGGUAGCAAUGAAAAAGCUUGAGAAGGUUCGACAGAAAGCAAAUAGUAUAUCAGACCAAACUGACAUCUCUGAUCGGUCAAAGAGGAAGCAAAUUGAACAACUAUACAAGAAGGCUAUGCCCAAAAAGACCCAAAAGGAAUAUGUGGUUGCGAAGAAGGGCGUACAAGUCAAGGCUGGCAAAGGGAAAGUCCUUGUCGAUCGGCGGAUGAAAAAGGAUUCGAGGGCACGCGGAAUGGGUAAAUCAGGAAAAGGUGGUUCAAAGAAGGGAAAGAACGGAAAAGUUAGGAAAGGCAAAGGAUCCGUUAAGGCUUCAGGGAACAAGGAAAACAAAGGGAAAAAAGGUGUGCGCGCAUGACUGAACAAUUGAAGUUCUGAUGGAUACAUUUCAGAUAAAAUUGAAGAUGAACAACAUAUACAUUUUUGUUUUGUUCUUUAAAAUAUUUUAUCCAUUUUGUUGGGGUUGAUUGAUAAAAUUAAGUACGAUGUUUUGAUGUUUUGAGUAUUGAUUCAAGGUGUAAUUGUGAUGAAUGAGGAGCUGUAGAUGUUUUACAGUCCCGAAAAUUUUCCUUCUA